AUGAAGGUGGUCCUUUCUCUGCUGGGACUGGCCUUGGCCUGCUACGCGUCUGAUCUCCCCGUCGUCGAUCUCGGAUAUGAAUUGCAUCAAGCGAUUUCGUUAAAUAGUACCUCUGGCCUGUAUAACUUUAGUAAUAUUCGAUAUGCCGCUCCUCCGUUAGGCGACCUGCGCUGGCGAGCUCCUGUUCUUCCAAAGCAGAACCGCACACAUGUUCAAACCGGUGAUGUCGGACGGAUAUGUCCUCAGGCUAGUACCAUAUGGGAAGAUGACAUUGAGCCCGCAUUCAUCCUAAGCUUGUUGUACAACACAACCUUCACCAAGUCAACGAAUAUCUCCUCGUAUACCUAUGAGCCAGCGAAGGUGGACCCACGAACAGCCGAGGACUGCCUGUUUCUAGAUGUGGUUGUUCCUCAGAAGAUAUUCGAUCGCGCGAAGAAGCACACCGAUCGUGGGCAGCAUAAAUCGUUCGUGCCAAAGAACAAGCUAGCCCCGGUACUAGUGUGGAUAUAUGGUGGUGGAUACGUGGGAGGCGAAAAGAGCUCCAAUGACCCGACAGGUUUGAUCGAGCGAAGUCAGGUUGUCGGUGACGGCGUCGUAUAUGUUGCGCUUAAUUAUCGACUCGGCGCGUUUGGCUGGUUGUCAGGCGAUGCAAUCAUCGCCAACGGAACCGCCAAUGCCGCACUUCAUGACCAGCGGUUCGCUCUGGAUUGGGUAUACAAGAAUAUUCACCUGUUCGGUGGUGAUCCCACACGUAUCACGGUCAUGGGCGAGUCCGCUGGAGGAGGCUCGAUUAUGCACCAAGUCACGGCAUAUGGAGGAAAUGCCGGACCAUCCCCGUUCAAGCAGGCUAUCAUUCAAAGCCCAGGAUGGGUUCCCAUAAUGGAUGACGAACAACCCGAGCAGACUCUGCAGCAAUUCUUGGGAAUUCUGAACGUCAGCACGAUUGAAGAAGCUCGGAAUCUGUCAUCUGAGAAAUUGAUCGCUGCAAACUCUUAUCAAAUCGCCACCAAGUCGGAAUGGGGCUCCUUCAUUUAUGGGCCAGUCGUUGAUGGGAGUUUCGUUCCCGCGUUACCAGGAAAACUCCUUGCAGAGGGCAAUUUCGACCGUAACCUGAAUAUCAUGGUCGGACACAAUACCGAUGAGGGAUUGGUGUUUACCUCGCCUGAUAGUAGAAACGAAUCUGGUCUGACUGCAUUGCUUCAUCAGCAGUUCCCUUACAUGAAGAAGAACGUCAGCGAUUAUAUCUCGAACGUGCUCUACCCACCCAAGUAUGACGGUUCAUACGGGUAUACCAGUUCGCUCACCCGCGCCGCGCUAGCCAUCUCGGAUCUCAUUUUCGUCUGCAACACUGACUACUUCAAUCGAGCUUUCCACAACCAGACAUUUGCGUACGAGUUCAGUAUCUCGCCUGCACUGCACGGCCAGGACGUUUCAUACACCUUCUACAACAAUGGUUCCUCGGCCACUGGGUCAAUUCUCGGUGUACAAAACGUCACCGUUGCGGAGGUUAUGCAGGAUUACUUCACCAGCUUUGCGCAGUGCGGCGAACCCAGCUCACCUCUGGGUCCAGCAUUCCACCGUUAUGGCCAACGAGGCUCGCUCAUGAAUAUUGGCAACCAUACCAUCAGCCCGGAGCGGGACCCGACUGAUAAUCCGCGCUGUCGGUUCUGGCAAACUGCGCCAUUUACCUAG